AUGGCUGCUAUCCUCGCGUCGGCGCUGUUGUACCUUGCCCAUUUACUCUAUUCAAUUUCUCUGGCAAUAUGGUCCAUACAUGCACGCUGGCUUAAACGCAUACCCCUCCCACUUAUUGCGCAGAGGAGUAAGGUGCCCAAACAUCUGGGCGUAAUCUUGGUUUGCGGGGAGGAAGAGGCCAGGAAUGCAUCGGUGCAGGACACGUUUGUGAGGAGCGCGGAGCGCGCUGCGGCUUGGUGUAGGGUGGCUGGAAUAAAACGACUGACAUUAUACGACCGUCACGGUGUACUUGUCCAGUCGCCUGAGGCCAAGCAGCGCUUGCGUGCACUCGAACUCGGUGUCAAGACUGAGCGUGUCCUACCGAACAUCGUAUAUCCCCCUACCCCACCCAUGACGGACGAGGCCGCGUCUCAGUACUCGGAAGAGGCGCCCUCGCGCGAUGCUCUGGGCGUGUCUACCGUGUCUCCCGAAUCUGGCUUCGAUGGGCUGAAUGGAAAAGAAGGGCUCCGCAAUCGAAGCCUCGUUCGCAGGAGCAGCGCUCAAGACUACCUGAAGGUGCAGCUGGCCAGUCUUCCCUCCGGGAAGGAAACGAUGGCGUCGGUGGCGAAUAGCUUGCUUUUCGCCGCGCGCCAUGACGUUCGUUCCAAAUCAAGCUCCAAGCAUACCAGCGUCUCCGUGAACGAGCUACAAGACAUCCUGGAAGGAGACGGUGGGCUGGAUCCUCCGGAUUUGAUGAUUGUCCACCAUGUUACGUGCCCGGCACGUCAACGCCCGCCUCUCGAGAUGUAUGGAUUCCCGCCGUGGCAAACACGCCUGACCGAAAUAUAUUACGAUGGGUCCUGGCCUCUGCACGCACGUUUGCUGCGCCACAUCUCUAGCGCGCUCGUCCCGAACUCCCUGCUCUCGGAGAUGGAAUUCCGUCAUGCUUUGGACAUUUUUUCCAAGGCCGAGUUUCGCGUCGGCAAAUGA